AUGGAAGGAAGAGAUUGUAAUGAACUGCCAAUUCACUGUUUAGUUGAAAUCUUGAAAAGAGUCGGAAUCGAAUCCCUUGUACGGACUGUUCCUUUAGUCUAUCAUAUCAAUGAUGCCGAUGAUGUUCUAGAUGCUUUUCUUCAGUUUGCAAUCGGGCGUAGCCAUGGACUUGUUUCUCACAUUGUCUUUCAUCCUAAAUCACGUUUGAAACAAGGCCAAAUUGCAUGGAUCGCACAACGGUGUCCAUCUUUAAAGCUCUUGGUGCUACCAAGCUAUUUGAGCUAUGUGAUUAAUUUUGAAGUCUCGGACUCGAUCUGCAAGUGGAAAGACUUGGAAGCUUUACAGGUUGCAUCUUUAAUAGGCUUGAAGAAAACCAUUGCCAACAUUAGCAAAAAUUGCCAAAACUUUAAGCAUUUAAGUGUUUAUGUUCCUCGAAUUGAUGGAGAUGUUGCGUUGGCCAUUGGGUCCCAACUCCCAAAAAUAAAGACAUUAGAUUUACAGUUCUCGAAAAUUGAAAGGAGCGAUCUAGUUGUGAUCCUUAAAGGGUGCCAAAAACUUGAGCAACUCGACGUUAGAGAGUGUAAAGGUGUAGCAUAUGACGAUGAGAUACUAAACCUUGCACGUUCAAUUCGGGUGUUCCGACAUGAAGGUUUUUACUUUGGGGAGUAA